CCUCUGUUUUUUUUUUUUCUUUCUUUUUAAUCUUUCAAGCUGAGGAGCCGCGCACAAAUUUCUGUACAUAUAUUUGAGUUGAAUUUCAACAUCUCAAAGAGAUUAAAGAAAAAUGAAGCACUGCGCAAUUAAACAGAAUAGUUUCGGCGGCAGAUCUGUGGAUAAGAGAGAGACGGUGGUUUGCCCUAAGCCACGGCGGCUCAGCCUUGCCCAAGCCACCGUUGACCCUUUUCUGGCUAGGCCGUUACGCCGGCAUAUGAGCCAUCAGCAAGAGGAUUGUGAUUCAAGAGCUGGAAACGAAUUACUGGACAUAAUCCUUACCAAGGGCAAUAAUGGUAAUUCAGAACAACCACAGAUGGCUUCUUCUCCCCCCUUUUUUUCUGGGUCUCCGCCAGGCCGAGUAUCUAACCCUCUUAUUCAAGACGUGCGAUUUGUGGAUAAUAAUUAUUUUCUUGUGGGCCCCACCGCACAAUCCCCCUCGUCCAAACGCAAGGGCAGUUGUGUCGCGAGGCCAAGUUUUGGUAAAAAUCCAGCCGUUAGGGUGGAGGGUUUUGACUGCCUCAAUAGGGACAGGCGCAAUUGCACCAUCCCAACCUUUGCCUAAAAGGAGUAUAUAUUAGAAAUGAAACAUUCAAAGAGAAACUUGAUGACCUAACCGUCCUUUCUUUUUUCCGCUUUGUCGAAGCAAGAUGAGGAGAGACUUGAGGUUUUGAUCAGUUUUGGCCCUAUUGUAAAUAAGGAAACAU